UGCAGGCUCUUCGCUUGUAUUGUGCUUACAGCUGGCAGUCACAAAAUGUGUUUUUUCAUUUAUUUUGGCAAAAAACAGCCAUUUACAUAAUAUUGAGGAACAUGCAUAUAUGUAAAUAUUAAUAGACCAAACAGUGCCCGAAGCUUAGUACAGUUAUUGUAGCAAAAGAGUCUUAAAAUAGUCAGAUUUGCACGUGUAUUCAUCUAAUGCUAAACAAUUUAUUGAUAUUAAAAAUUAAACAACUUACAACAAAAUCAGAAAUUUCAUAAACACAUUUUUUUUGGUUUUUGCAUCAAUAUACCAUUUAGUUUUUUUUAACUAUUAAUAGAUAGAUUACAAAGAUUCAAAUCAGAGAACUCUUUGUUACGACACAUAUAAGAAUUACGUGUAUAGUUUUUACGUAACGGCGAAGGAACAAAAAAUUGCAAUUGCGCACCGGGAGACGAACUCGUGCUGAAAUGGAAAUUUUGCUAAGAAGAAUGGACGAAUCAAUUUGAUUUACAGGAAUUUGUUUAAAAAUGAGUAAAUUCUUAAAAAGAUUUCUUUGCAACCGAGUGUCAGCUGUGAGCGUUUUACCGAUCAAUCGAUGCGAGAUGCAGUCAUGUCUCAAGCACACGCUGAUACUAUUCCGAUGUCUCGGCUUCUUCCCAGUAGAGGGGUUGACCAGUUCUAAUGCUGAAGACAUACGAUUCAAGCUCAAGUCUUUUUACAGUAUUUAUUGUGCUUUUUCCAUAAUGGGACAGGUUACUUGUCUGGGCUUAAAUAUACACUGUUGUUUUAUAAGUGACACAUUAUCAACAGGGUCAUUAAUAAACGUGUUCAUGUUUCUCGCUACGACGUGUUACGCAAUAAUUCUGACGAAAAUCGCGCGCAACUGGCACCACGUCGUGAGGAAAAUAUCUAAGAUCGAAUUUAAUUUGAAGGCAACGAGGAAAACCAAGAACGUACAUUUGGGCUGCAACAUUUUCUUGUAUGUUACGUUCACCUCGUUAGUUGUGGAAAAGUUAAUAGCCCUACUGUUUUUUACUAAAGUCGCGAGAGUAUGUUCGGAAGCGUACGAAACUGCCGAUGAUAAAUGGUACAUUAUCUUGAAGUGUCUGAUUCCACAACACUUAAAUUACUCACCUUACGCGACUUGGAAGUUUAUCAUUUUCAGGAUUGUCUACAUACAAGCAUCAAUAUUGAGUGGCGUCAUAAACACUAUAGUUAUGUGUUUGAGUGUCUACCUCAUAUCUUAUUUCCGGGACUUCAACAGAAUAAUUAAAACACGCAAAAAUAAAAGUUCCCAAUUUUGGGAGAAACAACGAUACAUUUAUACGCAGUUAGAGAAUCUAGUUAAAAUAAUGAACGGUCAAUUGAACUGUUUGAUAAUGUUUUCGUUUUUGGUUUACUUGUUCUUCAUAUGUGUACAGCUAUUCUUCGUUAUAAACUCAUAUUCAUACCGACUCCAAAAUUGUAAUGAAAGGCAGUUGAAUGAAAUAAUGUUUUCAACGGAGUACAUUCUGUACUUUACUACUUCAACAUUGUUACCUAUUCUUCGGGCGCUUGUCUCGUGGUUAUUAGCCGCCAACGUGCACAUAGAGGCUCAAAAACCAUUAUUGUAUCUGCACGAAGUUCCGGAUUCAAAUUAUAAUGUGGAUAUACAACGAUUUCAUCUCCAAAUAUUGUACUGUCCAAUCUCCUUGAGUGGAUCUUUGUUCUGCAUAACAAGAAACACAAUACUGAAGGUAGUAAGCAAGAUAAUCACAUACGAACUGGUGAUGCUGCAACUAAACAAAACGAGUCGUUUGCACAUUGAUCUUAUGCUGGAAAAUGAAAACUCUACUGUUGCGAAUUGAAUUUACAUAAUAAAACUGGUAUUUCAUUAGCGGGCAUUUUUGGUAAUCAAUUAUUUUAAAAUGUUCGUCCUUCGAGACAAAAAAUCCAUUGCGUCAAGUCUUUAUCGACAUAGAGCAGAUAUCCUCAAAUUAUAGAAGUCAUUUUUAGAAGUUUCUAAUUAUAUUACAUAAUAUGUCAUAAACUGUGUAUAAUAUAAUAAAAAUUGGUAUUUUUUUUUAAUGCAAACAUCAAUCCGAAGGGUCAAAUUUAAUUACAUAUAAUAAUAUUAUGUUAUAGGAAACGCUUACUGACUAUUUACUCUAUCAAAUUAAAUAUUUU